AUGGGCGCGGGGGCGGGAGCUUCCGCGCGCGGAGGAGGCGCCCGCGGCGGCGGUGGGUUGCGCAGCUUUGGCCUUGGCGGGCGCACGAGCGCUGGUGCCUUCGGGGGCGGCGGGGGAGAAGAAGCGAUCGGGGAAGGCGCGGGCGCAGGCUUAGGCGGAGAGUCAACGACUGGCGCAGGCGCAGGAGCGGGGGGGUCGAUUGGGGGAGGGGCUGGCGGAGGAGCUGGGGGCUCCGCUGGGGGGGGCGCAGGUGGUUCCGCGGGGGGUUCCGCGGGGGGUUCCGCGGGGGGUUCUGCGGGAGGGAGAACGGGAGGUGCCGCGGGAGGCUCAACAGGGGGCGGAUGUCUCGCUAUAAGGGGUUUUGGAGGUCGUUUAACGAUUACAGGGGGGGCCGGAGGAGGUCUUUUGGGCGGAGGCGACGGGACUGGCGGAGGCAGGGUUGGCGGCUUUGGCGGCGGCCGCGCCAGCGGCUUCGGGGGCUUUGGCGGCGGAAACACAGGAGGGGGGAAGAGGAUCUCCGGAGGGGGCGCAGGUUGGAUAUCGAUCAUCGGCGGAGGGGGAUCGGGGAGAAGAGGGGGAGGCGCAUCUAUAACGGGCGGAAGCGGCGGCGGCGCAUUAGGGGGAACUUGCAGCGGAGGCGCGUUGGGCGGUUGCGGGGGAGGCGCAUCGAUGAUCGGCGCGCUGGGGGCUUGCGCGGGAGCGACGGAGCCCUGA